CAAAGAUGUCAGUCACGUUUGCAUCUCCUAUAUUUCAAUCAAAGGAAGAAUUAGCUCUUCUCCUAAGAUGGAAUCUGUUGUUUGGGAAUGUGGCUGAUCAGCUCGGUGUGUCGGCCUCCUGUGCCUGUGCCAUAAAAUGGAGAAGAGACAAGAUGAUGUCAGUUUCCCCUAUUGUGAAACAGAAGACAAAUGCCUUUUGUGAGACCCAGCUGCCAGACCUCUGACGGGGCGCAGUAUCCAGCUGUUUGAAGCCUGCAACACUGCGCUAGAGAAGAGGUGCUUUCUUCAAGCAGAGAGCUGCAGGUGUGCCGAGGUGUGCAGGUGUGCACAGGUGUGCUGCACUCAUCGAGAGGCUGAUCAUCAGAGUCUCGGCCAGAUCCAGGAAGGAUGGCCACGAACUGGAUCGUCUUCUCUCUUUGGCCCUUGACUGUGCUUGUGGGGUACAUAGAUGGGCACAGCUUGUUUUCUUGUGAACCUAUUACCUUGAGGAUGUGCCAGGAUCUGCCUUAUAACACUACCUUCAUGCCUAACCUUCUGAAUCACUAUGACCAACAGACAGCAGCUUUAGCGAUGGAGCCUUUCCACCCCAUGGUCAACCUGGACUGCUCGCGCGACUUCAGGCCGUUCCUGUGCGCGCUCUACGCGCCCAUCUGCAUGGAGUACGGCCGCGUGACGCUGCCCUGCCGCCGCCUGUGCCAGCGCGCGCACAGCGAGUGCGCCAAGCUCAUGGAGAUGUUCGGGGUGCCCUGGCCCGAGGACAUGGAGUGCAGCAGGUUCCCGGAUUGUGAUGAGCCGUACCCGAGACUCGUGGAUCUGGAUUUAGCCGGCGACCCCACGGAAGGCGCCCCCGCGGCGGUGCAGAGGGACUACGGCUUUUGGUGUCCCCGAGAGCUGAAGAUCGACCCCGACCUCGGUUACUCGUUUCUGCGCGUGCGUGACUGUUCACCUCCUUGUCCGAAUAUGUACUUUAGGAGGGAAGAACUUUCGUUUGCUCGCUAUUUCAUAGGACUGAUUUCCAUCAUUUGCCUUUCUGCCACCUUGUUUACCUUUUUAACUUUUUUGAUCGACGUCACGAGGUUCCGUUAUCCAGAAAGACCCAUUAUAUUUUACGCAGUCUGCUACAUGAUGGUCUCCUUAAUCUUCUUCAUUGGGUUCCUGCUGGAGGACCGAGUGGCCUGCAACGCGUCCAGCCCCGCGCAGUACAAAGCUUCCACCGUGACGCAAGGAUCACACAAUAAAGCCUGCACCAUGCUUUUUAUGGUGCUCUAUUUUUUUACUAUGGCCGGCAGCGUUUGGUGGGUGAUUCUUACCAUCACGUGGUUCUUGGCAGCUGUGCCAAAGUGGGGUAGUGAAGCCAUCGAGAAGAAAGCAUUGCUCUUCCAUGCCAGUGCGUGGGGCAUCCCCGGAACGCUAACUAUCAUCCUUUUAGCGAUGAAUAAAAUUGAAGGUGACAAUAUCAGUGGCGUGUGUUUUGUUGGCCUCUACGACGUUGAUGCACUGAGAUACUUUGUUCUCGCCCCCCUCUGCCUGUACGUGGUAGUGGGGGUUUCCCUGCUCUUAGCUGGCAUUAUAUCCUUAAACAGAGUUCGCAUUGAGAUUCCAUUAGAAAAGGAGAACCAAGAUAAGUUGGUGAAGUUUAUGAUCCGAAUCGGUGUUUUCAGCAUUCUCUAUCUCGUGCCACUCUUGGUUGUCAUUGGAUGCUACUUCUAUGAGCAAGCUUACCGUGGCGUCUGGGAGACCACGUGGAUACAAGAGCGCUGCCGAGAAUACCACAUUCCGUGUCCGUAUCAGGUCACACAGAUGAGCCGUCCGGACCUGAUUCUCUUCCUCAUGAAGUACCUGAUGGCGCUCAUCGUCGGUAUUCCAUCCAUUUUUUGGGUUGGAAGCAAAAAGACAUGCUUUGAAUGGGCCAGUUUUUUCCACGGUCGUAGGAAAAAAGAGAUCGUGAAUGAGAGUCGACAGGUGCUCCAGGAACCAGAUUUUGCGCAGUCCCUCCUGAGGGACCCCAAUACUCCCAUUAUAAGAAAAUCAAGAGGAACUUCCACCCAAGGGACAUCGACGCACGCCUCUUCCACUCAGCUGGCCAUGGUGGACGACCAGAGGAGCAAAGCGGGGAGUGUCCACAGCAAAGUGAGCAGCUACCACGGCAGCCUCCACAGGUCACGGGACGGCAGGUACACGCCCUGCAGCUACCGCGGCAUGGAGGAGCGACUACCUCACGGCAGCAUGUCCCGGCUCACUGACCACUCGCGCCACAGCAGCUCGCACCGGCUCAACGAGCAGUCCCGGCACGGCAGCGCGCGCGACCUGAGCGGCAACCCGCUGACGCACAUCACGCACGGCACCAGCAUGAACCGGGUCAUCGAGGAGGACGGCACCAGCGCCUAGGCGGCGGGCGGUGCGCCGGGCCGGGC